UCAAACAUAGAGUGCUCGGCAAUGAAACUCCUCAAAUUCCAUGGCCUCGCUCUGUUCACCGUCUUCCUUACUUUGUUGCCCGAUCUUGGGAUCGCUCAUGAUUACAGAGAAGCAUUGUCGAAGGCGAUCCUGUUCUUCGAGGGCCAACGAUCGGGGUAUCUGCCGGACGACCAGAGAAUGAAAUGGAGAGACCAUUCAGGCCUGAGCGACGGGUGGACUUACAACACAGACCUCACCGGCGGCUACUACGACGCUGGCGACAACGUGAAGUUUGGGUUCCCCAUGGCGUUCACUGCCACAAUGCUGGCCUGGAGCGUCGUCGAAUUCGGAGACGACAUGCCUCCCGAGGAGCUUCGGAAUUGCCUCGUUGCUAUACGUUGGGCCACCGAUUACUUGCUCAAGGCCGUGUCUCAGCCCGAUCGGAUUUUCGUUCAGGUGGGUGAUCCAAGCUCAGACCACAACUGCUGGGAGAGGCCAGAGGACAUGGACACGGACAGGACGGUUUAUGCCAUCGAUGCGCCAAAUCCAGCCUCUGACAUCGCCGGCGAAACGGCGGCGGCGCUGGCAGCUUCGUCCAUGGUGUUCCGAUCGUCGGACCCUGGAUAUUCCGAGACAUUGCUGAGAAAUGCGAUCAAGGCCUUUCAGUAUGCUGAUAACUACAGAGGUGCUUACACUGACAACGAUCACGUUAGGGACGGUGCGUGCCCUUAUUACUGCAACUUUGGUGGCUAUCAGACGAUACAGGACGAGCUGUUAUGGGGAGCGGCGUGGAUAAGGAGGGCCACAGGGGACGAUGAUUUCUUAAAUUACAUUCAAUACAAUGCCAAAACGUUCGGUGCUGAUGAUAACAUCAAUGAGUUUGGCUGGGAAAACAAGCAUGCUGGCCUCAACGUUCUUGUCUCCCAGGAAGUGGUAGAAGGAAACUUGUACUCUCUACAAUCCUACAGGGACUCAGCAGAGAGCUUCGUAUGCACACUGGUACCCCAAUCACCAACGUCACAGAUCCAAUACACUCCUGGAGGCCUCAUUUACAGACCCGGAGGCAGCAAUCUACAACACGCCACCUCUCUCUCUUUCCUUCAACUUGUCUACGCCAAGUAUCUCUCUCGCUCCUCCCAAACCCUCACUUGUGGCACCCUCUCCAACAUCACUCCUCAAACCCUUCGUCACAUCGCCAAGAGACAAGUUGACUACAUCUUAGGGGACAACCCCAUGGGACUCUCCUACAUGGUCGGAUACGGUGACCAUUACCCUCAGAGGAUUCACCAUCGUGGCUCUUCCCUGCCUUCCACUAAGGACCAUCCUCAGUUCAUUGCAUGCAAGGAAGGCUCUGUCUAUUUCAAUUCUUCUAACCCUAACCCUAAUCUUCUUGUGGGAGCCGUUGUUGGAGGGCCAGAGGACGAUGAUGAGUACGAGGAUGAUCGAGCCAAUUUCAGAAAAUCUGAGCCCACCACGUAUAUUAAUGCUCCUUUUGUUGGGGUUUUAGCCUACUUUGCUGCUCAUCCUAACCCUUGAUUACUCGUGGAACAAGUAUUUUUUAGGUAUUUACUGUCAGGUUCUUCACAAAACGUCACCUGCCAUGUUGAUAUUUGUGUUCAACUUUUUCAAUACACGUUAUAUAUUUUUAAUUUAAUGAAGAACUUGAAUAAAUACUUAAAGAACUUUACUUAAGUUUUGUCUAUAUAUAUUUGAGGUUUUGUAAAUAAAAGGAGAUGCUGGCGCUGUACACAGUAAACAUGUCUCUCGUCUUGAGAAAAGGCAAGAGGGAAGAGGCUUGCUUGUGUUGGAUAUCUGUAUUUAUAUAUAUAGAAUUUGAGGAGUUGUUUUUGGUUUCGAAGUUGCGUCAUUAAUUAUAUUCAAGCUGAAGGGAAGAUUAGUUCGAGGUGUUUGAGUUCUCGAUUUUGGCAAUAUAAGGGGGGAAACUGAGAUUGUGCAUGC